AUGCCGAACCGCCGGGCCAGCCGCAAUGCCUACUAUUUCUUCGUGCAGGAGAAGAUCCCCGAACUACGGCGGAGAGGCCUGCCUGUGGCUCGCGUCGCUGAUGCCAUCCCCUACUGCUCCUCUGACUGGGCGCUCCUGAGGGAGGAGGAAAAGGAGAAGUAUGCAGAAAUGGCCCGAGAGUGGAGAGCUGCCCAGGGGAAGGACUCCGGGCCUUCGGAGAAGCAGAAACCUAUUUGCACCCCAUUGAGGAAGCCAGGCAUGCUUGUACCAAAGCAGAAUGUUUCACCCCCGGAUCUGUCAGGCUUGUCUCUAAAAAGUGAUCAAGCUCUCCUUGGAGGCAUUUUUUAUUUUUUGAAUAUCUUUAGCCAUGGCGAGCUACCUCCUCACUGUGAACAGCGCUUCCUCCCUUGUGAAAUAGGCUGUGUUAAAUAUUCUCUCCAAGAAGGUAUUAUGGCAGAUUUCCACAGUUUUAUAAAUCCUGGUGAAAUUCCACGAGGAUUUCGUUUUCAUUGUCAGGCUGCAAGUGAUUCUAGUCACAAGAUUCCUAUUUCACACUUUGAAUCUGGGCAUGACCAAGCAACUGUGUUACAAAAUCUUUAUAGAUUCAUUCAUCCAAACCCAGGGAACUGGCCACCUAUCUACUGCAAGUCUGAUGAUAGAGCCAGAGUCAACUGGUGUUUGAAGCACAUGGCAAAGUCAUCAGAAAUCAGACAGGAGCUGGAGCUGCUCGCUGUAGAGGAUCUUGUGGUAGGGAUCUACCAGCAAAAGUUCCUGAAGGAGCCUUCUAAGACCUGGGUUCGCAGCCUCCUAGAGGUGGCCAUGUGGGAUUACUCGAGCAGCACCAGGUGCAAGUGGCAUGAAGAAAAUGACAUUCUCUUCUGUGCUUUAGCUGUUUGCAAGAAAAUUGCGUACUGCAUCAGUAAUUCUCUGGCCACUCUCUUUGGAAUCCAGCUCACAGAGGCUCAUGUACCACUUCAGGAUUACGAGGCCAGCAAUAGUGUGACCCCCAAGAUGGUUGUGUUGGAUGCAGGGCGUUACCAGAAGCUAAGGGUUGAGAGUCCAGGAUUCUCUCAUUUCAGCUCUUCUAAUCAAGACCAAAGAUCAAACACACCCACUGGUGACUACCCAUCUGGGGUGAAAAUCUCUGGCCAAAACAGCAGUGUUCGGGGAAGAGGGAUUACCCGCUUACUAGAGAGCAUCUCCAAUUCCUCCAGCAAUAUCCAUAAAUUCUCCAGCUGUGAGACUUCAGUCUCGCCUUACACAUCCCCAAAACACGGAUACAAAUCUUUCUCUUCCUUAUCUUAA